ACAGUUUUGCAUUGGGCAGCCAAAGGUGGAAAUGUCGAGCUGGUGAAAUUCCUCUUGGAUAGGGGGGAGAAUAUCAACGCAGUUGAUAAUCGCAAUGCAACGCCAUUGCAUUGGGUUUGCAGCGAGGGUGGGACUGAGGUGGUCGAACUGUUGGUCUCGUGCGGGGCAGACCUGGAGAUAGAGGAUUGCGACGGGGAUACCGCUAUCAGAUGGGCGGCAGAAAGAAGCAACGCACCAGUUUUCAAGCUGCUGCUCGAUUCUGGGUGCAACAAAAAGCAACUAAACUUGAAAGACGAAACAGUCCUGCAUACUAUCUUUGUGCAUGGGGACGAUGACCUGGAAAAGCAUGCCUGCGUUGUCAAGAUCCUGUUGGAGCAUGGCUUCGAUCUGCUCAGCCAUAGAGAUCAGUAUGGUGAUACAGCCCUCCAUUUGGCGGCAAAAUUCGGGGACCUUGAGUCCAUGAAACUCAUGUUGGACCACGGCAUCCCAGUCGACUGGCAUGGCCCGCACAAUUCCCCCGCACUCAACCACGCAAUCGAAGCAGGCAAGCUGGAGGCAAUAGAAUUACUCCUCCAGAGCGGCGCAAAUCCUGAUAGCGCUCCAAUCAUUCCACUCGACCUGGCCGUCGAAUAUGGCCAAAUCCCUGUAAUCGAACUCCUCCUGAAAUAUGGGGCCAACGUGCAUUGUCGCAACAACCUCGGCGAUACCGUCCUCCAUUGGGCAGUGCAGAGCACCCAGCUUGGGGUUCUAGAUUACUUCCUUGGGAGGCCCGAGCUUGGACUCGACGUGAAUGUGCAAAACCGCCAUCUUAUCACACCACUGCACCGGGCUUGCUUCAUGGACCCGAUCCCGAAUUGGGAGAUCGUUGACCUCCUGUUGCGACAGAAAAACAUACAGGUCGAUCUGCAGGAUGACUACGGACGCACGGCAUUGAUCAAUGCUUCGGAAACGGGGGUCAUUCGAUUAAUCGAGUCCUUGAUUGGCAGAGGCGCGGAUGUGAAUAUCUGCGAUCAUCAGGGGAAUUCGGCUCUGCAAAAGGCC